AAGAAAAACAAACAAGGAUCUGGUAUUCGCUUCCUUUAAAAUUUAAACAGAAUUUCGACUAUUUGAAACUGGAAACUUAUUAAAAAGAUGAGUGAGAGUCUAAAGAGUCCUAUACCAACACCGGUGUUCAUGAAUGAAGGAGUUUUUAGCCACAAAAGCGCGAAAAUUCGCAGUCGUCUGGACGAGUUUCACGAGCCACCUCGACCACCUGUUAAAUCUGCACCGCCAGUUAGCCGGAUUUUUAAACACACGCGAAAAUAUUCUGAAGGGCCACAACGAGUAAGCUUUGGGGGAAAGCAAGACACUUUACAGAGUCCUUUUUACAAUUCAACCUCUCAUGUUCCAUAUUUUGAACAGUGCUUCAAAAUUGUUGGUAAACUUGGUCAAGGAUCAUUUGGAGAAGUAUUUAAAGUUGAAAGUAAAGAGGAUGGAUGUUUGUAUGCCGUGAAGAAAUCAAGAGUUAGGUUCCGAGGAGAGUUUGACAGACAACAAAGACUGGAUGAAGUAAAGAGACAUGAGAGAUUACGACAGCAUUCUAAUUGUGUGAAGUUGAUAAAGGCCUGGGAAGAGAGACAGCAACUCUAUAUUCAAACAGAACUUUGUAACAUGAAUUUAACAGAUUUUUGUGAAAAUAAUAAUAUAAAUGAAAAAAAUGUUUGGGAUAUCCUGGUUGACUUAACCCAGGGCCUGAAACAUCUCCAUGACAAUAAUAUGAUACAUAUGGAUAUAAAACCAUCAAACGUUUUGAUUGGCUUAGAUGGACUGUAUAAAAUUGCUGACUUUGGUCUAGUACUUGACAUUUCUGGGCGUCAUUUUAACGAAGCGCAAGAGGGUGAUCCUAAGUAUCUCGCUCCUGAACUUCUGGAAGGAAGAUUUUCUAAAGCAGCUGAUAUCUUCAGUCUGGGCAUCAGUAUCUUGGAGGUUGCUUGUGAUUUGGAUCUUCCUCGUGGUGGGGAUACCUGGCAACAGUUGAGACACCAACAGAUCCCCAACGCCUUCUUACAAGGUCUGUCGCCGGAACUAUCAUGCCUUAUAAGAAGAAUGAUGAGCCCGUUAUCUCAAAAUAGACCAACUGUCGAUGAUAUUCUUGCUGAACCGUGCGUAAUGAAGGCAAACAGUAGACGAAAACGCUUGAAGACAUUCAAUGCAGUGUGUUCUGGCUUGAGAAGAAUGAUUUAUCCACUCACCUUUAUAAUAUUCUGGAUUCUGCAAAUUUUUGUAAUAAAGCCUUUCAAACUGCUUUGUAAUUCCAAUAAAUUUCGCGUAUCCAGCACAACAGAACUGCUAAAUGAAAACAUGUUCGAUUCUAGUCUCUCCUCAGAAGAUAGUGUGUUUGGAAUGACGUCUUUCUCCAGUUCUGUUGAUGAAACUUUUUGCCUGAAAAACAGUUUAUCACCCAGGAGCAUAUCAAGAUCCUACAUACAGAGCGAUGAUGGUUCUCAAUCACCGAAAGGAAGCUCUCCGUUCCACACAUGUUUGUCAAAACACUCCCCUUGGUUGGACAGGAAGAGCGGUGGAAGUGUAACACCACCUCUGGCUAACAGCAGUCCUCAUCUCAACUAUACCCCGCCCUCCGAGUCGACAAAAGGACCUGGUGGCAUUGAUUCUUUUCUCAAGACGCAUAUUGGACCUAAGAAUCUACUCGAGGUUUUCGAAGACGCUGCCAAAGACCAGAAGACAAAAGAUUUAUAGAUCAUUGAAGUAGGGUGUUAUUGAUCUAACCACGUAUGGUAACGUGUAGCAAACCAUUGUAUCAUUCGGCAAACCAAGUACUAAGUACACAAUCAUAGUGAAACACUAAAUCCAAAGCCAAAAUGUGAACAAAUAGAAACAACAAACGUCCCCUCAAACAAGAUGAGUUUUCUCCAACUAAUGUGACGCAGUGUUGGAGAAUUCAAUAUAGAAAUACACAAUAAACGAGAAAAAAAGAUAGUUCUCAGAUCCUAAAAAAUGAACGCAAUAACUAAGUAUUGUGAG